AUGCGCCGUCUGUUGUUCGCUGCGUUGCUCUUGCUGUGUUGUGCCUACGGGUGCAUUGCGAAAACUGAGUACAGGACGCCAUAUCCGCCCGAUCCGGACCUGGAGGUAUUUCCAGAAACAGAGGAAUCCCGUACUUGGGGUAUGAAGGUUGUCAACGUCGUCCCAAGAGAAGAGGUCAAGGAAGGGGAAUGGCAGAGCAUCCGUAUUGCUGUGAACCCAGGGAUGAUUCAGGAUGAAAUCGUGUACUGUAUGUCCAAGGGGCGUAAGAUCAAUGGAUACACCCGCAGGAUACGCAAUGGAUUCGACGAAAAAGUAUGUGGUGCGGUGAGUGGAUACGCCGGCGUUCAAAGGAUGAGAACUUUGAUGUUGAAGGUGAUGCCUGAGGCCAUGGCAUUGCAUGUUGAACGUCUUAAGGUCGAGCGUGUGAAGGAAGCCCUGAGGAUUAAUGUGCCAUUCGAUCUAAAACCCAUAUCUGAUGCCGAGGGUACAAUGUGCGCUGAAAUGGUUCCGGUUUUUGACGGCGAUGAAGGGAUGGGUAUUCCCGAUACGGAUUUUGUGAUCUAUUUGGGCCUUUCUACCAAAAAGCCGGGUACGAAGAUUUGCACCUACGACAAGGAUGGACGCCCAACAUCUGCCAUGAUCAAAUUGAAUCCGUUUGAAAUCCAAUAUACGACGAAAUUUGUUCGCCUUGUUGCACACGAGAUUGCGCACGGGCUUGGGUUCUCAACGGACGUGAAGAAAUUCAAGGAAAUGGUGCGUAGUGGGGACAACAGCAGCUACAAGGGGUAUAAUGAGCUCAGCAGCUCACAAGUAAAGAAUGCUCUGCAGGACCAUUUUAAUUGUGACGAUUACAUUGGAAUGAAAUUGGAUAAUUCUCCACCGGAGACAGGGAGAAAUGAUGACCCCCAUUUUGAUGGAAGGGUUGCGAGGGACGAGCUGAUGGCCCCACUUCAUGGAGUUACAGGCGAUAAAAGAUCGUACAGCUCGUUGACCCUUGCUGCAUUUGAGUCUACAGGGUACUACAANUGA